UUUGAGAGGAGGUGUGGAGUGGAGCCCUCUGCGACUUGUUUGUAUCUUGUGAGCUGUGUGUGGAUGUAUUGGAUUUUACUGUACUGUGUAUAUGUGUAUGUAUCAGUGUGUGUAAGAGAGUGUGUGCUAACAGAUUUGCCUGUGUGUGAGUGUGUGUACACUUUCGCUUGUGUGUUUGUCAGUAUAUGUAGGAGUGUGUGAGUUUACAGGUUUGUUUGUGUGCAUGUUUGUAUGUGUGUACCACCUCUUUUGUGUGUGUGUGUGUCCCUGUGUGUGUGUGUGUGUUUGUCUGUGAUGUGCAUUUUUCCAGGUUUACUUGUGUGUAAGUAUGUGUGUGCCUGUUCCUACGUGAUUGUGUUUUGUAUGAAUCUGGGCGUUUGUCUGUGUGUGUGCCUGUGUGUGUGUGUGUGUGUGUGUGUGUGUGUGUGUGUGUUUGUGUGUGCACGCACGUGCCCAUCCCCUUUUGCCCCUUGUAUCUAUAUUACCUGCACCUCAGUGCAAAAGAGUGUAGAGGCUAGAAGUCACCUUGGCUCCUGUUCUUGAGGAAGGUCCUCAACCUCAUUUUCAAGACAGGCUCCCUCACUGGCCUGCAGCUGCCCAAGUACCUGUCUUGGGUCUCCAGUGGCUCCCAGGAAUUUGAUAUGCCAACCCCAUAAUAUCAGAUUAAAGGCCUACGUAGACUGCUGGCUGCUUAUUUAUGGAUUGAUAUUUUUUCAAUGUGUUUAAGAGAUAGAAUUAGGCCAUAUAUUCUCAAGACCACUGACUAUUUCCUUAUUGUGGUUUUGUUUUAUUUAUUUAUUUAUUUAUUUAUUUAUUUAUUUAUUUAUUUAUUUAUUUAUUUAUUAUGGAUUGCUGGAUUCAUUUUGGUGGUGGUUUUUAUGUUCUCACAUGCUAUAUUAUUGCUUUGAUUAUUUACGGUUCUGCAGUCGGAUGAUUCACUCUAUCUCCAUUUUCAAUGUCCUGCAGUUUCAUCCUUUUACAUUAUUUCUGUUUCUCUAUUUAUUGAGUACAAGCAAUCAUUGGCUUAGACUUGAUACAAAUUUGCCCUUUGUGACACCUUGACUCUUUUUUUGUUUAAGGUUGACUGUUCACUGAUAUUUAACUGCCUUAUUCCUUAUGGUUGGUUAAUUUUAAUUUUCAGUAUUUUGCUCUGGAGAGUUGUGGAUUUUUGUGGAUCACUAGGUCCUGAAAUUCAAUGGAGUUUUCCCUUAAGUGUUGGCUUUUUAUAUUUGUUUGUUUUGUCUUAUACUCAGUCUUUCUCCUCUCAUUUCUUUUAUCUGACCUUUUUCUUCAAACAAUCCAUUCACAGUAUUGAUCAACUUUGGCCGCCCAAUCCUAUUGUAGUAUAACGAUUUUUAUUUUCAUCAUUACAUUUAGUAUUUGUGUGCUCUUGGCUUUCUCUUUUGGGGAUGGUUAUUUGGGUGGCUUUUACUUAUGAUUCUUCAUAUUUCCCCCUGUUCAUAAUUUUAUUCUAUUUUUCUAGUCUAGUCUUUUCUUUGUUAUUAUUUUUUUCUUUUUGUUUCCUUUGUUUCUUUUAGGUUCCACAUGUGUAAUUUUAGUUCCUGAAUUGCUCCAUCUUUUUCAUUAUUUGAUUCCAUUUGUUUGUUAUUUUUAGGUGGCAUUAGUACUGAUAAAAUGCCUACAGAGACUGAGGAGGAGUUACCACCUUCUAGUCCCGAUCCCAGUAUCUCUCAGGAGGGAACCUUUCAUUCCCAAUAUAAAGUACUGAAGACUAUUGGAAAAGGAAGCUAUGCCAAGGUCCUCCUGGCCCACCACCAGCUCACAGGAACCCCAGUGGCGGUCAAAGUUCUCCGAAAGAAGAAGCAGUGGUUCCGGCCAGCCAUGACAGAAGAAAACAUAAUGAGAAAGAUCAACCACCCCAACAUUGUUUCUCUCUUACAAGUCAUUGAAAACAAAACUAGAAUAUACCUCAUAAUGGAGCUGGUGGAAGGCCAACAACUCUACCAGUACAUCAGAGAGUCAGGGCACAUAGAGGAGGAUGAGGCCCGGCAAAUAUUUGAACAGAUAUUAUCAGCAGUGAGCUACUGCCAUGGAAAGGGGAUUGUUCACCGAGACCUGAAAGUGGACAAUAUAAUGAUUGAUAAAAACAAAAAGGUCAAAGUCAUCGACUUUGGGCUUAGCACCGAAACACAACCUGGACAAAUGCUAAACCAGCACUGCGGUGCGUAUUCUUUUGGUUCCCCGGAACGCUUCCUUGGACUUCUGUAUGACGGGAUGAAGAAUGAUAUGUGGACAAUAGGAGUGGUCUUGUAUUAUAUGGUAGUGGGAAAGCUCCCAUUUGAUUCUGUGAUCAUCCAAGAAUUACAAAAACAAGUUGUUGCAGGGGUGUAUCCUGCCCCCUAUGGGGUUUCAGAAGAACUGGAGAACCUCCUUAGUCAAUUACUAACAGUAAAUCCAAUGUAUAGACCAACAGCCAGCGAGGUGAUGAAACACACCUGGUUCAAAGAACACGGGAAGGGGUUCACAGUUCGUUGUGAAGAACUGCUUCCCCUCAGGCCAGACCCUGAAAUUUUGGGUGCGAUGAAAUGCAUGGGAUUUCAAGCCUCUGUAAUAAAAUACUCCCUAAUAAAAAGAAAAUAUAAUGAGGAAAUGGCAACGUAUUACUUCCUACAACAGCAGGCUCUCCCGGGGUAUGGCUGCACAGCCCAGGCACAGCAAGUGAGUCCCAUUGCAGCCCCAUUUCCUAGCCUUGACCCUGCUGCUGCUUUUAGAUUACAAAGAAAGAGGAGUGGAAGCCUGCCAGUCCUAGGCACCUUGCAGGUGUCAUUCUCCCAAGGUCACGUAUCUCAUUAUAGCCAGAAGGUUCAUACAAAAGGAGGAAGAAGGUCAACUGUGGCUGGUCGUCUCAGGCCACAACCGAUGACACCUACACAGGACCACUAUCACAAAUGUGCCAUGAGUGUACCAUACAUUCAAACAACAAGCAUCUUCAGUGAGAAGAGUAGCAACAAGGAAAUAAAAGAAGAUAAUCUACUCUCCCACAGAGCCCCAUUAGAGGAUAAGCCCAUCUCCAGCAGGGUCGGGCACAGAGGUUUUAAGGGGUGGACCAGGAAUAUAGCAAAUGCCCUGAUAAAGCUUUGUUGCUGCUUGCCAAGGAGAAAGAAACCUCGCCUGGGGCAGAACAGAAUCUCUCCCCAGAAAUGAGCCACAGGGAGAGUCCAGAUAACAAGCAGCAGGCACAGCCCAGUGCCAUCUUGAAAUUCUGUCAUGUCCUGAGAAUAAACAGGAGGUGAUUUCAGACACAUGGCCAAGGAAAAGACACCAGCAGAAGCUACAGCACCAACAGGAGAAACAGCAAUAGCACCAGCAGCAUUAGCAGCAGAAGGAGGAGGAGGAGGAGAAAGAUGAGGAAGAGGAGGAUUCCCCAACACCAAUCUCCUCCCUCCUCUUGAUUUCUCCUCUUCCCAGCAGGGACCCAAUAUGAAUGAUGAGUUCCCCACUCUACAGAGUUGUCUUGUUGACCCAUCCCUUCAGAUGGACUCCAUCUCCCCCUUAGGCCAAUAGCUCCACAGGGUGAGAACUAGAGGGUCAUGGGAUCAUGGACUCUUCCAUGGGCUACUAAUCCAUAGAGAAACAGGCCUGUAAUACCAGACACUCAAGACACACAGUAGGUAGGGGGAUCAGAACUUCAAGGCUAGCCUGGUCUACAUCAUGAGUUUAAGAUCAGCUUGGACAACUUAGUGACACCCUUUUUCUAGAGGUGAGGAGGGCUAAGGCUACCAACUCAGUGGUAGAGUACUCGUGGGGAAACAGACUGCUGUCCAUUGACACCUCUCCUUCCUUGCUCGGAAAUACACAAUGGUAUUAGAAGAGUCAAAGGUUCCUGGCCUAGCAUCCACUAUUCUAUUUGCUACAUCAUUAAGGGUGCAGUAUUUGGGGUGGAGUUUUUGGUAUUUUGUUCAGGGAUCAAAUCUAUGAAAUAAAACUUAAGCAAUACUCUCAUUGCUGUCAUAGUGGGAGGUGGAUGAUAAAUGCUUGCCCACCUGCAUCAGUACAAAGCUGGUUCCUUGGACUCCCUGCAAACACAUCACUGCUAACUGUGUGCCUGGUAUAGGCUUUUCCAGGACUAUCCAUAGCUUGAAAACCUUCCCUGCUAUGGACCCUUGAGUGGGCAUCCUGCCUUUCUCAGUCUCAGAAUGGAGCAAAGAUCCCCUGCUCACCUCUAGGCUCACAGGUCAGGGGCCUCUUCCAUACCAUAAUGAACAAGACUGGCACAGCUGCACACACCUUGGAAAAAGAAUGUAUUGGCAACCCUUAACAAAAAAGAUGGUUUUAACUUUCGAUUAUUACAUUCUAUAAAAUAAAGGUAUUUCCUGGUAUAAUUACA